CUGCUCGCCUUUCUUUUCCUACUCUUCCUUCUCUUAUUCAUUUUUUGCUUGUUUUUUGCCUCCUUUUCUACCUCUGCCUCCUCUUCCUUCUUUGAUCUUUUCACUUUUAGCCGAACCGUUCAAGCUGCUGUCAGGGAGAAAGCUGUCGCCCAGCUGUUUGCUCUUGUCCAGGGCAAGGCGAAGCAGAUCAUUUUUGCUCAUGACACGGUGCGAAUCAUUCAGUGUUUGAUGGCUGUAAAGAACCGAGAUAUUCGGAAUAAGCUUUUCGAUGAACUAAAAGGCGAUGUGCUGGAAAUUGCGAAAACAAAGUAUGGCCGAUUUUUUGUAAUAAAGAUGCUGAAAUAUGGAACUCCCUUCCAGCGUAAAUACGUCAUCGAAUGCUUUUAUAAGCACAUCCCUGAACUCGUCCAUCACACGUACGCGUCCGACGUGGUCGAGUUUGCGUACAGUGGGUACUGCUCAGCACUUCAGCGGUACCACAUGGUCUCUGAAUUUUACGGUCCGCGUUUUUCUGCUUUCAAGGGGGACAAAGUUGAAUCGCUCAAUGCCGUACUUGAAGAACAACCAAUGAUGAAAGACCACAUUUUGAAAAUCCUAAAAGAACGACUGCUGGAGAUUGUCGAGGCUCUGCAGGAUCGCGUAAUGGAGAUUAUCCAUACAAGGGACGGCGUCAUCACAGCAAUGAACUGCAUCUGGUUUGCAACGCCGAAACAGCGCAAGGCCGUUAUACGAUCAAUGAAGACUCUGGUGAAGAAAAUAUGUUUGGAAGAAUAUGGUCAUAUGAUUAUGUUUGCGGUGUUCGAUUCGGUGGAUGACACGGCGUUGGUGAAUCACGUAAUUUUCAAGGUGUUAUUUUCUGAAAUGAAAACCAAUAUAAAGGAAAUUGCCGAAGACAGGUAUGGCAUCAAGGUUCUGCUAUAUCUAUUAAGUCCGCGAAAUAAGUGCUAUUUCAUUUCCGAUACGAUCGCUCUGCUGUCGAAAGGGGACGGGAACCCGCACAGUAAAAAGGAUCAGGCUGAGCGGUACCGUGAACUGCUGACAUACAUAUCUGCUGCACUGAUCACUUUCGCAGUAGACAACGUGGCGACCUUGGUGCAUGACGUCAAGCUGUUCACUCUUCUUGAAGAGAUUAGCCAGUUUGCUAUCGGUAAGGCAAAUGCGGUUUGCAAGUCUUUGCAACCGCAUAGAAUACAUAUGUACAAUCGAUUUCUGUUUCUUUCUGCAGUUUGUAAGUGA